GGUGACAGUCACACCGAUUGCGAAUAGGACUCUUUUCUGACAUCCCGGAAGAGUAGUUCACCCGGCUCUUCUUUCUCUUUCCUUUUUUCUCCGAUGCAUCUCAUGCUUGCCAUAUUUCCCUUUCAGUAUCAUUCACCUCUUGUGUUUAUUCCCUCCUUUUUUAUUAUCUAUUUACCUUUCCCGAUCAUUUUAAUACCUGCAAUAUGCUUCCAGGAGAAAACCCGUUGGCGAUGUUGGGCGGAGGUUUAUUAUUAUAUUAUACAGCUCGAUGGGAAACCUAGGUAUAUUUCUAUGCGAGGGGGGCAAUAUGACCCGGACGGGCAUAUUAUUACCCCCCCCCCCCCGAGAAGAAAGAAACCAAGAAACCAAGCCAAAAAAUUUCUGAAGAAAAAGAGGAUAAAGGAGUUGGGCGAGGGGUUCCAAAAUGGCGAAAUAGAUGAAAAUGAAAGGGCUGGCAAUUGCCAGCCCUUUUGUUAUCACUCAUUCCUACUAGUUAGAUAUCCAUAUAUCCUUUUUUUUUUUCCCUUUCCUUUUUUUCUUUCAGGAUGCUUGCUACUAUUAAUUAACCCUUUUUUCUCCUUCUCUCUUCUCACAGUUACUAGUCUUUGGCUGCAGUUAUUAUUUUGUUUGUGGGUACCUGUUACAUGGCUCUCCAUUAGCCAGCAUCCUCUUCAAAGGCUCUACUCCGUACCUAGGUAGUGGACCCUGAACAUGUACUCUCCUCCUCAAUCUUACUACUGAUCUGACCUGCUUGAAUGUGGUGGUGGCUUAGUUCUGUGAUGAAAAAGCAAAGGUGAGACAAAGGACAGCUCACAUUGAAUGUGGGUUUGCCAAAAAGUCGAGUGGGAAAACAAAGGAGCAAAUGAAAGAAUAAAAUCAAUGAAAUAUGUGGCUAUACUUUUUCAAGUAGAGAUAGAUAACUACAGAGUAGUAGCAGCAGUGUGCGCCCAAAAAAAAAAGAUGCAAAAAAAAGAAAGAAUGAUAUCAAGUCAAACGCCAACUGGCGCUGCUGGGAAUCGAACCCAGGUCAAUUCGGCCACAACGAAUUAUGAUCACCACUAC